AUGAUUCACUCGUGGUCGGGCAAAAAGCUUUAUCAAUCGCUGAGCAGGAAAAAAACGUUCGCGACAGAAACUAAACAAGAAAAAGACAAGUUGAAACGGGUGUUGACCAUUUUCGACUUGACCGCUUUGGGCAUUGGCGCCACUUUAGGGAGUGGCGUUUAUGUGUUGGCCGGAACAGUGGCCAAAUCUAUCGCUGGACCAGCGGUGGUAUUGUCUUUCAUCGUAGCGGCGAUCGUCUCUUCGUUUGCUGGAGUUUGUUACGCUGAAUUCGCCGGCCGAGUACCCAAAGCUGGAUCUGCGUAUAUUUACAGUUAUGUGGCCGUCGGAGAAUUCAUCGCUUUUAUUAUUGGUUGGAACAUGUUUAUCGAGCACACGAUAGGCACAGCAUCCGCUGCCAAAGCCAUGACAAAUUAUUUAGACUCUUUGCUCGGCGAUCCCCAAAAGAGGUACAUGAAAGCACAUUUUCCAAUGCACAUGCAGUUUAUGGGCGAAUAUCCGGACGUCGCGUCGUUUUUAUUCCUCAUGUUCAUUGCGUUGGUUAUGGCUUGGGGUGUUCGGAAGUCUUCAACUCUCAAUACAGUGUUUACUGCAUUUAACUUAAUGACGGUCGGUACAGUCAUCGUGAGUGGACUUUUUUUUGUUAAAAUUUCGAAUUGGAAUAUAUCGAAAAGCGAAAUCCCGCCCGGAGUGGACGGCGGCAAUGGUGGAUUCGCGCCAUUCGGUUGGAGUGGAAUUAUCGCUGGAGCGGCUCGAUGCUUUUACGGGUUCAUCGGAUUCGAAUCUAUUUCUACAACCGGUGAAGAAACAAAAAAUCCAAAGAAAACAAUUCCGCUGGCGAUCGUCCUGACGUUGGUGUUCGUCACGUCUGCGUACUCUAUCGUGGCGUCAGUGUUGACCCUGAUGUGGCCAUAUUACGAUCAGGAUCCGAACGCGCCGUUUCCAGUGAUCUACGAGAACCUGGGUUUACCCGUGAUCAAGUACAUGGUUACCUGCGGCGCGGUAUUCGCUCUAUUCACCUCUUUAUUAGGAUGUCUAUUUCCGAUACCGCGAAUCCUGUACGCCAUGUCCUGCGAUGGUCUAUUGUUCGAAUUCUUGUCGAUGGUCAACGAAAGGACCAAGACGCCAGUCAUAGCCACAAUGAUAUGCGGAGUCGGUGCAGGCAUAUUGUCGUCCAUAUUCAAUCUCGAACAGCUCGUCGACAUGACGUCUAUCGGCACCCUCAUAUCGUAUUUGAUAGUUUGUAUCUGCCUACUGGUGCUCAGGUACAGAGACACUAACACAGCAAUUCAAGAUAUAGACAGUAAUUCCGAUGAUUAUAAAAUGUUCAAAUGGUACAGUCUGUUUAACACAAAAGUCACGAACUUGGAUACUCAAUACAUUUCCAGAGUGUUGAUACUUAUAUACACUUUCAGUGCGUGUGUAUUUUGCAUUAGUAUGGUGAAUAUUGACUGUUACGAUGGAGCGUUUUAUUUCCCCUUAAUCAUUGUAAUAGCGGUAUCGAUCACAGUAUCAUUACUUUCCAUGCUAAUGUUACACAGACUUCCACAAGCAAUCGAAAACUUAGCGUUUAAGGUGCCACUUGUUCCUUUUAUACCGUGCGUGAGUAUAACUCUUAACUUAUACCUAAUGAUGGAGCUGAGCAUCAAGACUUGGAUAAGAUUCGGCGUGGGACUUAUAUUAGGAGUAUUCAUAUACGCUUUCUAUGGCAUUCAUCACAGUUUAGAGGGUAGCAAACAACGGGCGGUAAAAAAUGAAGAAAACAAAAACACGCCGAGAAUCUCUUCCUAA